CUCGUUGACAUUUUUCUUUCACACGUUGACAUUUUUCUUUCACAAUUCAGAAUAAGAAGCAUUUGUAUCAACGCAACAUGAAAUAUCUCAUCCUGGUCUUCACGUGGACUCUCUGUUGCGAGUCAGCUGCAGCCAGAUACGUAUGGACGGACAAGCCGGCUCUCCUGGUGAGCACUAACGACAUAGAGGACGGGGACACGCUGGAGCUGGCGUGUACCCUCCCCAUCGACUACCGCGGAGGCGAGUGCCGUCUCUACCGCGGCGACUCCCGCGUCCCCUUUCGAGUCUUGACGGCUUCGGACUACGUCUGCGUCUUCCGUCUGACUUCUUCGGUCCUGCUUGGCCCCGCCCCCGUGGGAAGCCAACUCUCGCUCAGGUGCGACUAUCGGCUCCAAGAAUACACGUCCGUGUCCAGCGACGGCGUCGCCGUUGUGGUUUGGGGCAGCGGUCCCGCUCCCCGGCUCAGCGCGGGCCCCGGACUGCUGUCGCCGGAGGACGUCGCGGAGGUGAGGUGCCGUCCGCCCGUUCGGCCCGUCUACGAGUGCGAGUUCUACCGAGACGAGUGGCGCAUCGCCGAGGGCGCGUGCCGCCGCAACCUGACGGGCGCCCAGCUGGCGGUGUGGGAGAAGCCCGCCACCUGGCUGCCCGUCAACCUGACCUGCCGCUACCGAGCCCGGCGGGACCUUCAGUUUCGCUCGCGAGCCAGCGACGCCGUGCUUCUCUUUGUCGUGGGUAAGAUGUUUUGGGAGUCGCAUCCUGUUGAUUUUGGGGCAUUUUCCGCUCACUCCUUGUUGAUUUUUGGCACUUCCCUGUUGCCAUUUUUAGAUCAAUUUCUGAUGACUUUGGGGAAAUUGACAGCAUCCAGUCGAUUUGUGGGUCACUUCCUUGACACUUUUGGCCAUUCCGCUUCACUUCCUGUCUAUUUUAGGACAUUUCCGGGUGUUCAUUUUGGGUCUGGCAAUAAUAUAUGUCACAUUCACGACAGAAAGAUCUAUCUUCUGCAACACCUGCCACCGAAAGAAUUAAGUUGAUUGUUUUGCCCAGACGCAUCUCAGGCAGCGUCCGAUCAAUCCUGCCGGCUCUCGGUGGACCGGGAUCAGCUGUCCCGCUUCCGAGGCCUCCGCUCCACUUUUACUAGCGCGAGCGGGAUCCGGGUCAAAGUUGAAG